UGUUUGUUUAAAUAUCUUUUUAAUCGAACAGGAAAUCUUUGUCAUUUUUGUCUCAUAUAAGCCGUGUCAGACUGGCUUUAAGUCAAUGUGCUGAUUUGUGAAACAGUGCUUGAUGUUUUGACUUCUUUUUGAAUUGUACUCAAAUGAAAUGAAUUACUCACAGUCUUGAUUAUGAUUCCUUCAUUUUAUCAUUUUAUUAUUUUUAAGUCUCAGUCCUAGUCCUAUUCCCAUAGUUUGGAGUAGUCCCAUGUGUGUUAGUGCAGAAAAAGGAGCUCCUCGGUAGAAGAUUAGCUUCCCAGCAUACAACUGUUGCUCUAAUCCGCUCUGAGAGGAUAGGCUUAGACCACUACAAAACAAGAGCGACGCUAUAAAAAAACACCACUAUUUUUUUUUAUUUUUGACAGUGUCUAAAGUAAGAAAACUUGGUGUUUUCGUGCGGUAAUUAACUUAAUCCAGAGUGAAAACGCAUCGCUGCUGUUUAUCUUCUACAUCGAGCACAACAGCUAUUUAAAAUCUUAAAUCUCAUAUCACAUUGAACUGACGAUGAAGGACCGACUGGAACAACUAAAAGCGAAGUCGGAUCAAACUCCUGAUGAUGUGGAAAUUCCAGUGGAAAAUAAAGAAUUUAUGGAUGAGUUCUUCGCUCAGAUUGAAGAAAUCCGCACCAGUAUAGACAAGAUUGAUGAAAAUGUAGGCGAGAUAAAGCGACUGUAUUCUGUCAUCCUCUCUGCACCUACAUCAGACCAGAAGACACAGGAUGAAUUGGAAGCAGUUACCAAUGAGAUAAAGAAACUGGCCAACAAUGCUCGCAACAAACUCAAAAGCAUUGAGCAGAGUUUGGCAUCUAACACUGAAGAGAGGGUUUCAGCAGAUAUCCGGAUAAAGAAAUCUCAGCAUGCCAUUCUUGCUAAGAGAUUUGUAGAAGUGAUGACCAAAUACAAUGAAGCCCAAUUGGAGUUUAGAGAGAAGAGCAAAGGGCGCAUCCAAAGACAGCUGGAGAUCACUGGCAAAGCCACAACUGAUGAAGAGCUGGAGGAAAUGCUGGAUGGAGGAAACGCUGCAGUAUUCACGGCAGGAAUUAUGGACUCUGGGAUAUCAAAACAGGCACUAAGUGAGAUUGAGGCACGACACAAAGAUAUUAUGCGACUGGAGAGCAGCAUAAAAGAGUUGCACGACAUGUUUGUGGACAUUGCAGUGCUGGUGGAAAAUCAGGGAAGCAUGAUUGACAGGAUUGAGAGCAACAUGGACCAGUCUGUGGGUUUUGUUGAAAGAGCCGUGGCUGACACUAAAAAGGCUGCCAAGUUCCAACAAGAAGCACGCAGGAAGAAAAUGAUGAUCAUGAUGUGUUGCACAAUUCUUGCGGUCAUCUGUGGUUCUCUGGUGUAUAGCUGGCUGACAUAAACGUCAAAGCAAAGAGGUUGUCUACUUUUCCAAGUCGUGUCUCUAUCAAGAAUCAAGAGAAGCAUCUUAAUGCAGAUGAACCCGAAACAUCCGUACACACACAACAUGUUUCCGGUGCUUGUUCAUCUCAUUUUCACAUCAUUUUUGUUUUUUGUCUUUUACAUUCUUCCUGUCUUAUCAACCGGCCUUGCAUUGUUAGAGGCAUCAAGGUAAAACGUGAUGUGCAAGCUGUCUGUUUAUUUUAAGGCUGUGGUAUGAAAUAUUGCUUUUAUUUAAUUGUUUUUUGGGAACUUAUGAUAUAGCCCAAAUAUGAUGAUACAAGAUUCAUAAGAGGCUAAGUUUUGUUUUUGAGGUCUCAUUUUUUGUAACUGACAAUUGAAACCAUUUACAUUAGCAGUGACAAAUACUUAGUCCUUGUUGAAGAAAAAAAAAACAGUUUAAUUAUUAUAUAUUUACGUUGCUUUAACUUUUAUUUUAGGAUUAGUCAAAAUUAUUUUAAGAUUCAAUGAGGGUAAACGUGGUUCUGUCUUUACUGACCAUUUGCUUAUUUAGUGUAGAUGAGUAGCACAUAGUUCUUAUUUCUUAGGUUGAGGUGGUAUUGUUCUCUUAUGUACGUGAUAAUAUUGGAACUGUAUAUUUUGUAGACACUAUAACGUAAUUGUAAAAUAGUCUGACUUGAGUUGUCUAGACUAAGUAAUUGUGAUUAAAAGAUCAGGGUUGUAUAAAAUCUGUCAGUCGUUCUGUCGUCCAGGUUUAAAAACAGUAAAUUAUUGUUAUUUUUAUGUAUGAGAGAAUCUCUUCUGCGUUUGGUUUUGUCGGUGCGGUUAUCAUAGACAGCUGUUUGGUCCAAUGAGCGGCUGCGCGUUAAGCUGAAGACUGACCAAUCAGCAACUACUUCCUGAUCACUUAGCCUGAAUAAGGGUUAAACGAAAAGUUUUACCAUGCGGAGUUACCUGUGGUGGUUUACCGACAAUUCAAUUUGUACAGUUCUUCCAGACAGUUUACUGGACCUAAAAAAUGUCGAGGAUUUAAUGAAGACCUUAUGCGAAGUUCGUUCUUUGUCAAUGCGCUAAUUCGACAGAAAUGUAGAUUUCUUUGACCACACGACCCAAGCGAGAGCUUUAUAU